AUGUCAGCCUCGCUUGCACCGGAAUGCAACGAGGUCAAGGAACGGUACGACCAAUGCUUUCUUAAGUGGUAUAGCGAGAAGUAUCUGAAGGGCAAGACGGAGAAUAACGAAUGUGAAAAUCUCUUCAAGGAGUACAGAUCAUGUCUCGGGGUUGCACUCAAGGAAAAGGGCAUAGACAAGCUCAUGAACGAUGCACGGGAGGACACGAAAGAAAACGAUGCGAUAUAUCUGAAGCGGAAAUGA